AUGAGCAGUGCAGUUGACAAACAAGACUUUUGGGCGACCACGCGCAGCUCUCAAACUAACGAGAGGUACGUGCAGCUGGUUUUGCAUACCGAAAGAAAAUGGGGAAAAACGAGAACGAGAGGGGCGUUGAAGAUAUCCAAUGGCAGGAAGGCAGGAAGAGCGGCUGAGAAGUGCAAGGUGGUGCCUCUCAACAGUCGGACGACUCUGAUGAGGCGGGUGAAGGUCGAUGAGUGUAGACACGGUAUAGUACUGAUCACGUCCAAAUGCAAUGUACUGCUAGUCGGGGCCAGUGAUCGCGACGUCUUCGAUUGGCUGCUGGCAUUGAUGAAUAUUCUGCGACUGUACAAAAGACUACAGUAUCGAGAUAUGAAAGCAGUCAGUAACGACGACCGGUCGAUGACCAAUUUCUGGAACCAGCCCCCGAAACCGAGGUUAAAAUCCAUGGCCGGUGGCGCACGUUUGGAGGUGUGUGUAGAAAGAACGUUUCGGGGGCAAUGUGCAACCGAUACCCUUGGACAACCAACAAUGUGCAUUUGCGUGCCUUCAAGAAGUGACAGGUCAAUGGCCUACAGCAAAACUGAACAGCUGAAAAACAAGCCGAUUGCUGCUGAGUUCGGUGGCUCAGUGGCCAAGUGA